CAAUUGAGGACUACUCCUCCAGCUCUGAGUUAGCACAACUAAUAAUGCAGAACAAAUAAUAAUUAAGACGCCCAACUUUGCCGAGUCGAUAAGUGAGGGAGACAUAAAGUGGCACAAAUGUAGGAGUACGACUAAUUGACAGGCCUCGGGGACGUCGUCAAUGUGGGGGAUGUCCUGGGAGAAAUAGAGACAGAUAAGGUAUCCACCACCCACCAACAGACCUCCCUCGCUGUCAUCGCCUCCUCCUCUGGCAAGAUUACCGAAUUCAUUGCCUCCGACGAGUCCAGUGUCACUCCCGGCACUGACCUCGUCCGCAUUGACACAUCAUUCCACCCUACUGACCAAUCGACUGCUCCUUCUACUCCCCCUACUGCACCCAGCACUGCCCCUACUCCACCCAGCACUGCCCCUACUGCACCCAGCACUGCCCCUACUGCACCCAGGACUCCCCCUACUGCACCCACCACUGCCCCUACUGCACCCAGCACUGCCCCUACUGCACCCACCACUGCCCCUACUGCACCCAGGACUCCCCCUACUCCACCCAGCACUGCCCCUACUGCACCCAGGACUCCCCCUACUGCACCGAGUGAGGGGGAUGUGGAGAGCAGAGAAGGAGAGACGAGGGUGAGGGGGAUUGUGUGAUUGCAGAUUAAAAUGUCUCGGAUGAGGAAGAGGAUCGGGGAGAGACUGGGGGAGGCUCAGUCGACGUACGUGAUGCUGACGACGUUCAACCAAGUGGACAUGAGGUAGGUGGUGGUCACUCCCAGCAAUGUCAUCGCCAUGCGCAAAAAGUACAAUGAUGUGGCCCAGAAGGAGAGGAAUGUGCGCCUGGGGUUCCUCUCCGCCUUCAUUGUGGCGGCCGCACGGGCAUUGAGGGACACUCCCGUGGUGAACGCGGUGGUGGAGGGGGAUUCCAUCAUCUACCGGGACUACGUCGACAUCUCCAUUGCCAUCUCCACCCCCAAGGGACUCGUCGUCCCCGUCCUCAGAAAUAUCCUCGGACUCAACUUUUUGGAGGUCGAACAGAAACUUGGGGAACUGUCGAGGAAAGCGAGGGAAGGGACACUGACUGUCGAGGAAAUGGACGGAGGGACCUUCACAAUCAGCAAUGGGGGGGUCUUCGGGUCGCUCAUGUCCACGCCCAUCAUCAAUCCCCCCCAGUCCGCCAUUUUGGGACUCCACGCCAUCGAGGACAGACCUGUGGCCGUGGACGGACGGGUGGAGAUUCGGCCGAUGAUGUACCUCGCCCUCACAUAUGACCAUCGCCUCAUCGACGGUCGCGAGUCCGUCACCUUCCUAAAGUCCAUUAAAGAGGCCGUGGAGGAUCCCGUCCGCAUGAUGGUGGGCAUAUGAGCGAAUACUAAUGUGCACUAAUUUGUCAUUUCACAU